UUGCUAGAGAAAGACCUGCACGACGUUCCCUUUUACUACCAGUCCAUCGACUUUGAAGAGUUGGUACGCGAAUACCCGCCGGCUCCCGACUUCUUCCGCGGCGUCUUCAAGCUGAGCCUCGAGGAAAUCCGCGCCCUGCAGGAAAAGCGCCUGAGGGAAGCGGUGGCCCGGGCCUACAAAGUGCCUUUCUAUCGCAGCAAGUGGGAUGCUGCCGGCGUAGAGCCUGGCGAUAUCAAGACCAUUGAAGACAUCAAGAAGGCUCCCAUGUAUACGGUGGAGGACAUCCGCCAGAGUGUGGACGCAUAUCCGCCCUUCGGGGACUACGUGGGUCGCGAUGUCCUGGCCGGCGAGAUUCCCUGGCGCAUCCAUUCCAGCGGCGGCACCGCCGGUGAGCCACGCCCCACCUUCUACACUCCCUGGGACCGGGAGGUCGGCAACAUCCUGCGGGCCCGUUCCUACUACUGGCACGGGUUCAAGCCCGGCGACGUGGUGAUGAAUACCCUCCUCUACUCCACCCACAACGCCGCCUACUCGGCCCACGAAUCCUUGUGGCAGUGGCUGGGCUGCAUUCCCGUCACCACCAGCGCCGGUGUGGUAACCCGUACCACCCGCGCCUUGGAAAUUGCCCAGAAGUGGCAGGUCAACGCCCUGGUCGGCUUCCCCGAAUACCUGCUCCACAUGUCCCAGGUGGCCAAGGACAUGGGCCUGGAGGUGGGGAAAGACCUGAAGCUGAAACUGGUGGAGUGCUUCGGCAAGUCGGACCUGGUGCGGGAGGCCUGGGGCGUCCCUGCCUAUGACACCUACGGCAUGCACGAGGUGCAGGCCAUCUCCUCCGAGUGCCCCUACGGCGGCGGCCACCACAUCUGGGAAGACGCCUUUAUCGUUGAGAUUGUCGACCCGGAGACCUACGAACCCGUGGAACCCGGCGAAGUGGGUACGAUGAUCGUCACCGCUCUCUACAAGGAGAACUACCCCAUCGUUCGGUACGACAUCAAGGACGUUACCCGCCUGUGGCCCCAGGGCCAGUGCGAGUGUGGCAGCUGGAUGCAGAAGAUUGACCCCAUCCACGGCCGCUCCGACUUCAUGGUCAAGCUGAGGGGCGUAAACGUUUGGCCGGAGGGCGUCGGGACCAUUGUGGCUACCAAGAGCGGGCUCACCGGCGAGUACUACUGUAUCGUGGAACGCCUGGUCAAUCGGGAAGAGAUGACUGUGCAGGUGGAGCACACUUCCGACGCCACUGACCUGGACUUCAUCCAGCAGGACCUGGAGCGCACCUUCCGCGACCGUCUGAACGUGGGCAUCAAGGUUGAAAUGGUAGAGCCAGACAGCCUCGCCCCGCUGACCGGCGCCGGCGUACUGCCCAAGGCCCGCCGUCUGGACGACCGCCGGAAACUCACUCCUCAGUAA